CAAAAUAUUCCGUCCGAAUUUCAAUUCAAAUGCCGGAAUCCAAACGCCUCUACUCCACCGGAGAAGAAAAUAUCGAUGUUUUUCCUGCUUCUGCUCUAAGUCUGAGUGUUUGAAGGUUGGAUCGAAGGGGGUGGGAAUUAAGAGGACGUAUAUGCGGAUUCUGAGUUGGGUUGGUGGGUUGGUUGUUGGGUGUUUUGUUCUUGACUUGUACAGGAGGCCUCUAGAGAUUUUUAUGGGGAUGUUAAUGGCGGAUGUUAGUACCUACUUCAAGUUUUUGGCUCAGAGGAGUGAGUUGAGACAUGGGUUUUGGGGGUUUGGGCAUCUCUCGCUUGUUCUUAAUGUUUUGGGGCUGUUUCUGAUGUUUUGUUUGGGGUUGGUGGUCUUGCAAUUUGGUUUGCCUAACAAGGCUGUUAAGCGGUUUCUGUGGGAUAUCAGAGGGAAAUCAAGGGACUUGAGAAAAGUAUUUCCAUCAAAUCAAUGUUUUGGUGAGGUUUCUGAUGCAAAGAUCAGGUCUUCUCCCUGUGAUUCAUUGAAAUUUUCGGGGAACUCAAAAUCAUCUUAUAUGGGGAAUAAGGGACAAAGCAUGGAUCUUGUUAAUGGAGGUCGUGAGGGUAGGGGAAAAGAUGUUUUCGAACGAGAAAGCAAUAAAAAAGGUUGUUUUGUUGAAGAUGAAGAAUUUGAUGUAAUGGCAUUGAGGAAAUUGGUCAAACUUGAAAGGAAGAGAGCAAAUGCUGCUUGUGCUGAGCUUGAGAAGGAGAGGAUGGCCUCUUCAUCGGCAGCUGAUGAGACAAUGGCAAUGAUUCUGCGCCUCCAAAGUGAGAAGAGUGCAGCUGACAUGGAAGCCAAUCAGUACCGGAGAAUGGCAGAGGAGAAGCAUGAAUAUGAUCAAGAAGUUAUCCAAUCAUUGCAAUGGCUCGUGAUGAAAUAUGAGUCAGAUGUGAAAUUAUUGGAAGAUCAAUUGCAGGCAUGCAAGCAGAAGAUGGCGCUCCGUGUGGAGGAUGAUGAAUUGGAUUUGGCUGAUUGAACCAGGCUAGAGGUUUUCAAUUCUACAGUGGAAGAGACCACGAGCAUUUUCGCAAUUGAAGUGAGAUGUUUGGUAUUGUAAGUGAUCUAUUAUAAACUGAAUAAUAGUUGAGCUCCUUGGCUUCCAUUAAGUACUGGAGAUGAUUAAAGCUGAUGUUGAUAUGUUGAAUUGUAGAAUUGAAUGAAUCAAUGAAUAUAUGGUGUUUCAUAUGUUAAAUUGUGGAAUUGACUGAACUGAUUAAUAUCUGUUGGAUGCAUUAUAGUUUGGGUGCAUAUCAUAACUUACAUAAAGCAUUCAGGAGAGAAUUAGUAGAAGGAUCUAUUUGGUACAAGUUUAUUUUUUGUUUUUCAUUUUUGCAUUGGUUACUUCAGGUAGAUGAGAUCUAGUUUUGCCUACCUAACCUUGAUCUGAUGGGGGCAAUGUACUUGAUAAACAGGACUAGUAUAG